GACGGAACCAAGCUGUCAACAUGUACAAACUGAUCCUUUUGCCCCUCUUCUUCGCUGCUGCUUCCGCCGGCUAUUUGGGUGCUCCCGCCGUGGCCACCUAUGCUGCCGCCCCCAUUGCGGUUGCUGCCCCCGUGGUUGCCGCCCCCGUCGCUGUGAAGGCUGUAGCACCUGUCGCCACAUCAUACGCUAACGUUCACAAGGUCGACAUUGCCACCCCCAUCGUGAAGACUUAUGCAGCUCCCGUGGCUUACGCAGCCCCAGCAGUCGUGAAGGCACCCAUUGCUGUUGCCGCCCCUGUAGCUGUUGCUACACCUGCCUUGCACGCCGCCCCCUUGGCUUACGCCUCCUACGGAUACCAUGACGCAAUACCGUUACGUCACGACCAUGUACUCUGGUUUUCACAUUCUUUACAGAAAAUGGUGAGGUCAGAGAACAGACAAGGUCAACAGACGGCAGGAGUUGUCUGGAGUCGAGCUGCAACUGUCAGUACAACAGCCACGAGACAUCCAUACUGGGACCAACGUGAAUAUUUUAUUUCUGCCAGUUGGAAGAUGCGAGGACACGUUUUGCACAAAGCAGCCAGCAACACAGACCUCAAAAUGUUCAGAUUGGUGGUGUUGUCCGCUCUUGUAGCAGUGGCUAGUGCCCGACCAGGCAUUGCAGCUCCCGCUGUGGCAGCUUAUGCUGCCCCCGCAGUGGCAUCUGUAGCCGCCCCCGCUUUGGCUGCAUAUGCCGCCCCCGCUGUUGCACCUGUAGCCGCCCCAGCUGUGGCUGCAUAUGCCGCCCCCGCUGUGGCAGCUUAUGCGGCCCCCGUGGCUACCGCCGUCACUAAGACUGUUCAUUACGCCUCUACACCCGUAGUUACCGGAUAUACUUCUCAGGUGAUCAAGCCCUCUCUGGGUGCCCUGGCUACACCACUCCAGACUGUGUCCCAGGUCCCUGUUGCUGCGCCUGCGAGAACUGUCGCCACCCUACAGCCCCACACUGAGGUGCGUCAAGUUGCCGUGGCCACCCCUGCAGUUGCUACCUUUGCCGCACCUGCCGUUGCUGCUGUUCCCGCCCCCGCCGUAGCCACUUAUGCCGCCCCAGCCGUUGCUGCUNUCGCUCGCGCGCCCCCCCCCCCCCUGCACGCGCCUCAAAUCCGUGCACGGAAGCAGGCAGAUCCAUAA